AUGUAUUUUCGCCGGCAAGAAAUGCAGACCAAGCGACAGGUAACAGGGUUUCUUGAUCUGGACGCGGAUGUCCUCCUGACUAUAGCGCGUAUGACGGGUCGCCCUCUCCGAGCCAUCGCCGUCCUCGCCACCUGCUGCACGCGGCUCCGCUGUCUCGCCGCGACCGACCUCUGGCCGCUCUACUGUCACACCCGCGCGAGAGAUCUCGUUCGAGUUAUUAACGAGCGACAGGAGAUGAUGGAGAAUCUGGCGGCGCUGAACGGCGACGCCGGUGACGCGCACUCGACUCGCCUAACGAGUAUUUCCACGCGGAAACUCGUCGGGUUACCAGCGGCCGCUCUUUCGCCGAAGCUUCUCAGCUAUUCGCCUGGUAUCGCGGAGGUGCCGUUCAGUUUACAGAACCCACGGAUUAAGGAGCUAAUGGGGAAAGUCGGCCAAUGGUGGUCCGACGGAUUUUUCGACGAUGACGAUGCGAGCCGCUGUUCAGAUUUUAUGCUGGAUGAUUCUCGCAGUAGGGGCGCGUGGCGCAGGUGUAGGCGCGCCGCGGCGCGCGCUGCGUGGGUGCCUGUGAUCGCCGUGCUCGCGCCGGUCGUCGUGGCGUAUCUCGCGGGCGUCGUCGUGAAACACGCUGCGGAGACUGCUCAGCGCGCCGCCGUGCGGAGAGGCAGGAGGCUGAUUAGGUGGGUGGGCGAGACGACGGCGGGGAGGGAGGGGAGGAGGGUUGUGUCGAGAAUCGGAGAGAGGUUGGGGUGGAGGAGGAGGAGGGGUGAGGUGGGGGAAGGAGGAGGAGGGAUUGACAUUGACGCGAGUCUGAGGGGGCCGGGGUACGAGGACUGGGAUGGGGAUGGUGAUGGGUAUCGAAACGGGGAUGACGCAGAUGACUUUGUGGAGCGUUACGUGCGCAUGUGGAAUGAUAACGAUGAUGGGGAGGUGCGUGAUGGUGAUGCUGAUGGUGAUGGUGAUGCUGAUGGUGAUGGUGAUGCUGAUGUGGCAUCAUUUGCUGUGAUGGAGCUGUCAUCAAACAUCUGGGACAUCUCCGUCUGCCGAGGCUUCAUCGAUGCCUUCCCACGCACCAAGCUGUAUCGACAGCUGGCGGCUCGUUCUGCUGCUGCCGAUGACCAUGGCAAAUGCCCUUUCUGCCGCAGCAAGGUUUGGAAUGCAUUGGACACACUUGCGGACAUGGACAUGCGGGCUCUAAGCUUUGCGAUAUGCGAAAAUGUGAGUGGCCGAUGCACAUGGUUCACAGCGUCUCUGAGUUGCAAGGUCUGGAGUUUGUGGUUUGUAGGUGUGCUUGCAUGCUGCACAGACCGUUUAUCCACAUCAAGUUUCUUUUGGUCCCCAUCUUCCUCUCUCAUGUGCUCGCACACUCGUAUACGCGUUGUGUGCUUGCAUUUGUGUUCCCCACCCUCACUCACACGCGGGUACCAUCCCCCCCUUUGCUCUCAUCUGUCUCUCAUCCUAUUCUUGCAGGGCCACUUCUGCGGAUUAUUUAAAGAGAGAGCAUAA